UCCAGAUCAGUACCACUCUGAAUCUCGCGGGCAAAACAUCAUUGCAGACGGUUCUUACUUAUUAUACCUACUUCGUAUCACUCGAGCGAAAACCUGGAUUCUAUCCCUAUAAGAACAUCACAACGUUCGACGGUUGGGUUCAGAAAUACAACACAACCAUCCAUAAUUGCCCAAGCCAAAAAAAAAAUCAAGAGCCAAAAAUGACUUCUUCGGCGGUUUUCGAACGAUCGACACGCAGCUCCAACGGUUUUUGAUCUUCUGCUGCCAAUUCGAAGUUUGCGGGCAUCGAAUCGGCAUGUCGCAGCAGUACAAGUGCUUCGUGGCUUGUGUUGGGUGCUAUUGUAACAGUUUUGCGAUCCGGUCUUCGAGCCGAAAAAUCGAUUUCAAUUGUUGUUCGUGAUGAUCGGCGAGCAGUGAGUGACCAGCAGUAUAUCGGCAUGUACCGAAGCAGUAAUUGUGAUACCAUAGUGCUAGAAGUAUUUACGUCUCCUUGAGAAGAAAGUUCAUCGAAAAAAAAAAGUGGUUUCAAUUGAGAAGAACACUGCGUGGGGUUAGUUUGUAGUGAAACUCGGUCAAUUCCUUAGUAAAUAGUUGUAAAAAAUGGCAAAAAUAGCAGCAGGAGAUGCGCUGGCCCCGGUGGAAGGUUUUGGGGAAGCACCUCGAAGUCGAGUGUCGACUGGUGCCAGCUCUCGGUUACGAGCUGAGCAAAGUGAUAGUGAUGACGGUGGAAUUAAAUUGAAGAAGGAGCUUGGGCUGAUGGAUGGAGUUGCUAUCAUUGUGGGUGUGAUUGUUGGAGCGGGAAUUUUCGUGUCACCCAAAGGAGUUCUGCUCUAUUCCGGAUCCAUUGGUCAGGCGAUCAUCGUAUGGAUUCUAUCCGGGGUUCUCAGCAUGGUGGGAGCCCUGUGCUACGCAGAAUUAGGCACCAUGAUACCCAAAUCCGGCGGUGAUUAUGCGUACAUUGGUGAGGCAUUCGGUCCACUGCCAGCGUUCCUGUAUCUAUGGGUGGCACUGUUGAUUUUGGUCCCAGCCGGCAACGCCAUCACUGCCAUUACGUUCGCCCAGUACCUGCUGCAGCCUUUGUGGCCAACGUGUGAACCACCGUACGAAUCGGUCCGAUUGCUUGCUGCUCUCAUCACAUGUCUUCUUACGGCCAUCAACUGCUACAAUGUGAAAUGGGUAACACGGGUGACGGAGACGUUCACCGGAAUGAAGGUUGGAGCCCUGCUAGUGAUCGUUGCUGCCGGAGCAUGGUAUCUAUUCAGUGGGAAUACGGAACUGCUGGAAAAUCCAUUUGAGAACUCAAAGAUACAACCGGGAUUCAUUGCGCUCGCCUUCUACAAUGGGCUAUUUUCGUACUCUGGAUGGAAUUAUUUGAAUUUCGUGACGGAGGAGCUUAAAGAUCCUUAUCGAAACCUCCCUCGAGCAAUUUGUAUCAGUAUGCCAGCUGUAACAAUCAUCUAUGUGAUCACAAACAUAGCAUAUUUUGCUGUUCUUCCACCAGAUGAGAUGCUCUCUUCUCAAGCUGUCGCGGUCACGUUUGCGGAUAAAAUGCUUGGGUUCAUGGCUUGGGUAAUGCCACUUUUCGUUGCCUGUUCGACAUUUGGAUCGCUUAACGGUGCAAUUUUUGCAUCUUCUCGACUGUUCUUCGUAGGCGCCAGGAACGGACAUCUUCCAGCGGCCAUUUCGCUCAUCAAUGUCAACUGCCUCACUCCGAUCCCAUCUUUAAUAUUCCUGUGCCUUCUCACACUACUUCUGCUGUUCAUUCGAGACGUUUUCUCGAUCAUCAAUUACGUGAGCUACGUAGAAAUCCUGUUCAUCUUCAUUUCCGUAGCCGGACUAUUGAGGCUACGUAAGAAGCAUCCUGAUGCCAAACGACCCAUCAAAGUGUCGUUGAUCAUUCCCAUCAUCUUCCUCCUGACGGCAGGGUUCCUGGUUAUAUUUUCCGUUUUCGAAUCUCCAACAGAGGUUGCCAUCGGGACGCUUAUUAUCGUGUUGGGUAUCCCAGUGUACUACAUUACUAUCCACAAACCCUUGGAAUGGCUGGCUCAAACAUCGCAACGAAUCAACAACGUUUGUGCGAAACUCUUCCUGUGCAUGCCCAACACGGAAAAGAAUGACUAACUUGAAGCGAAACUCGCUAUACCUUUACUUGCGCUGUAAAUAGACUGCUCGUUACGAGUUAAGGCUCGUGAUAAACUGGGACGCACAUUUGAGCUACAUCAAUUGUUAUCAGUAAGCAUACAAUCUCACAGCACGACAAUAGUUAACAAAAAAAAAGUCAACAGUGUCUUUGAGGCAUUCUGCAACAUAUCGCAUAAACAUGUAAAUAAUUCACUUAUAAAUCAUACUUACCUAACAAAUGACCAACAUCAAAACAUGUUUUGAGUAAAUUAUCAUUCUCUCUGCUAUACAAUUCGAUACUAGGGCUCAAACUUCCACAUAUUCCAUGUUCUGAACGGUGUAAUCAAUGUUUUGUUCAAUCCUCUACGAGGCUGUAUAGUAGAAGAAGGGAUCCGUACGAUCUCUAAUGUACAAACGGUUUCACGAAGAUUUCAGAAUAACGUAGGCUUAAUUCAUAAUCAACCCGAAUCAAUUAAACAAUGACAAAUAAGGAUUGAAGACUGUUUCAAUAAAGGUCACUCUUGUUGUAAGUUUUGUAUUGUUCUCUUACAUACUUAUCGUAAGGCAGCCUACAUGUAUUAUGUAACGGUAAUGAAAAGUUUUGCUAUACAUCGCUUUUACACAUUUCAAAUAAGAUAAAACUAAAAAUAAGAAA